CUUCCCGGUCCCCUCCCUCGCUCGCUCCCAGCCAGCUCCCGCUCGCUCCCUGCCCACUCCCGGGGGGACGAUCCUUGCCGCGGCCGCCGCGGCCACCGCUUCUUUCACACUUUACUUGGGAGCCGCGCGCCGCGCUCAGUUACUGGAGAGCUGGCCGCGCGCCGCCGCCUCCUGCACGCACGCACGCGGGCCCGGCUUCGGGGUGUUCUGCUGUUACUCCAAGCAGCGGGGAGGAGGGGGAGACCCGGACACACUGUGGGGAGGAGGAGGAAGAGGAGGAGGAGGGAGGAAGAAAAGAGCGAGGAGGCACGGGCGGGGGGCGGGAGGCUUGCACCUUCAGCCCCCCCGCGAGCGCCCAAGGUGCGCACAUCUCGACCGGCUCAGCAGCGGGUGGAUUUUCUUCGUGUUUAAAGAAAAAAAAAAAAAAAUGUCCCCUUGUCUGUAGAGAUGAUUUGCAGUUCAGCCCGGCUGAAGCUGACCGAAUGAGACUAUGGGCUGUGCCUCCGCCAAGCAUGUUGCCACUGUUCAAAAUGAAGAGGAAGCCCAGAAAGGGAAAAGCUACCAGAACGGAGACGCGUUUGGCGAUGAGUAUAGGAUCAAACCAGUGGAAGAGGUCAAAUACAUGAAAAACGGGGCAGAAGAGGAGCAGAAAAUAGCAGCCAGGAACCAAGAGAACUUGGAAAAAAGUGCCAGCUCAAAUGUAAGACUUAAAACUAACAAAGAGAUUCCUGGAUUAGUGCAUCAACCCAGAGCAAACAUGCACAUCUCUGAAAGCCAACAAGAAUUCUUCAGAAUGCUGGAUGAAAAAAUUGAAAAGGGUCGAGAUUACUGUUCGGAGGAAGAAGAUAUCACAUAGCACCAAUUCUGCCACUCAGACCAGGAGCUGCUACUGUGUAAAUAGGUUACACCCCAGUCAAAAUCUUUGCAAAGGUCGGUUCUCGUCAAGGAACAGCACUAUAACAAGAAGAUCGUUCCAUAUCGUAUGCCCCAUUAAAUUACAGUGUUUCUUAAUGAACUUGCAAAGGAAUAACAAACAAAACAAACAGACAAAAAAAAAAAAAAAGAUAACUGUUCUCGAACUUUCUUUGUUGCUGCUAGUUAAAACUUGUUGCAACUUUUCACUUCUCUUGUGUCCAGGUAUGCAGCAAAAUUCUGCAGUUUCACCAUAAAGAUACUCUUGGUUUUACAGAUGUUCUCCAACCUAUUUUCUAUAAGAUGAGGUAGUGGUGAACUCAGAUAUCAAACUUCUAUUCUAGACCGGUUCCACUUCUAAGUCAAGCAUCUCCUUUCCUCUCUCUUUCCUCCCUGUCUCUCCUGAGUGGUCCAGAGACGGACCUGAGCCUUGCUUCUCGCUGGCAAUGUUGAGCUUUGGAGAUGGGAUGGUUGCUGCGGCAAGCCUCGUUUCUCUGUCUGGAAGAAGUAGAGAAACCAUUCUCAAGUCAAAGCAUGUCGUGACCUGACUCCUGCAAGUGACCUAAGAGCAGGGUGGCAGGUCGUUCCAUCUCAUAGGUCUCUUUAAGGAUUAAGCUUGCAAUACUGGCUUCAGUGAGACGGAAGUGUGAUCACAAUCAUUUCCAAUCCCUCUUCCUCACUUUUUUUUUCUAAGAAAUAAAAACAUUUUGCUGUUUUUAUGUAUCCUUGUCUUCUCCCAUUCAUCCAGCUCAGUGUUUUAAGAUGAUCCUGGGUGUGGAGUUGAGCCCUCCUUUGGGGCGACACUGAUCAUUGUCCUCAAUGGCUUCCCACCCUUCCGUUAAUAAUCUACCAAGGUUUAGAAGGGCUCUAAGUGGUCAGAAGAGAGGAGGAGGCACCCCUCGACUUUUGAGGAGGGCCUGAAACUACCCUGCUACCUUUUAUUUUGUUAGCCAAUAAAGCAUCUUAUUUUGUAAUUCUCCCCUUCACGAAGCUCCAUGAGCCUGCCACUUCUUUUUCUCUAGCUUCCAGCACUGGAUAGGACAGUGAAAAGCAUUUGCCGACUCGAAAGCAUAGGACAUUUACACCGGUGAUGAUAUUUGGAAAUGCAAAAGCCCAAAGCCCUGGCUGCGGUGGGGAAUGUUGACUGUGUGUUCGGUAGAGUUUAUUUUUCCAUACUAUAUGAAGAGGCUGAUCUCUUCUCAAAGACAGAAGUAAUAUUUUUAACAAAUAUUGUCACAAGUAAAUAGCAAUCAAAAGGAGAAAAUAACUUUUGUAUUUUUUUAAUGUGUUUGAUAGCUUUGACGAGGGUUCUCUUUGUUACUUUCGGGGGAGGGCACCCUAUUAAAUGCCACGCCAGCAGUCCAGGUGUGUCACACAAGGAGGGCUGGGUGUUUCAUUUGGGGUUGUGAAUUUCAAGGGCCUCCUAUCAGCCACACUGCCACCUCCCAGAGGUGGAUAGUUAAGACAGUGGGUAGUUACAAUGCCCCAGGUCAUCAAGAGAUCACCUGCCACAAAGCAGAAUAAGGAGCCAACUGGUUCUUCCUGAGAUGCGCCUUGACUUUUAAAUCCAUCCACGAAAUUGAUGGCACCAUUGAUGUGCUAACGGUGAGGUUCCUAAUCUCCUCUCCGACCUGGGCAGCAAAGCCAGGGGAAGAAAGCUCAGUCAACUGCUGUAGAAAAUGGACUCUAACGUUAGCAACAAAAAUCCCUUGAUUCUUGUAGCCGGCAGCAGCUAUUUUGGGGAACAGCUGUGGUUGUUACAUAAAUAGAGACACAGCCAAAAUUUAAGGCCUUUUAUCCUGCUUCAAGCAGAAAACUGCAGGAAGAGUCCAGUAGUCUCGGAUUUUAAGUUCCCUCCCCUUGUAGGGAUUUUUGGCCAAGUGACGAAAAUAGUUUUCCUCAACUGUAAACGAACUGCUAAGCCCCACCUCAAACUCACUCACUGGGGACUUUGUUCACUGUUGUGUGGAUGACCUUUUCCCGGAUCCAUCUCCUGUUCUUAUCAAGCAAGAAUGAAGCAAAUGUUAAACGUCUUCCAUGUGACUCCUCUGUUCGGUGUCUCAGACAGUGUCUUCUCAGACAGUCCCCACCCGCCACGCGAAGAUGAGACAUGCUCCUGUUAUUUGCCUCCAGGUCACGGUUAGCAUUUUGACAUGUUACGCGGGUACAUGGAACCCCCUGUUUCUUGGGAACCUGACUUUGGGGUGUUUCAUAAAACCAUAGGUGUCGUCCCCAUAAACCAGGGGCUCCUCACCUGGGGCUCAGUCUCCCCUGUUUAACACUGGAUACGUCUUUGCUGUGCAAAAGUGAUUUUAUCUUUGGACGCGUUUGGUAUUCCAAGAAAUGGGGCGAUGGAGCUGGGUUGGAAGGAAAUGCUUGGUUGUGUUGGCAACACUCGCUACUGUCUGUUUUCCGUUUGUUGGUUUUAAUCAUAAAAUUGUCAAGUGACUUGUGUUUGUACUUUAUUUUUUAAUGCCUUCUGAGAGGAUCUAAAGAAAAAAAAAAAAAAUCUUGCCUUUUUUCCCUCCAUGUAUUCCAACAUUAAGCAGCUUGUCUCAAAUACAAGGAAAAGAAUAAUCCAUGCAUGUACUGGUCCGAGCUGCCCCUCCUAUGCAGGACUUGGGAUGUUGGAAGGAGGGAGGGACGGCAGUGACCUGGUGGAUGGAGGAAGGAAAAUGCUGAGACAGGAACUGAGAGGCGUUUAGCAGAGAGGGUUCUGGGCUCUGGCUGGUGCAACUGAGGAUGCAGCUGCCUAGGAGCCAGUGGGUGGGGCGGAGCUGCCAACGAGAUUGACAGCUGGAUUUUACACACCUUAUGGACUCCGAGUUGUAAAAGUUCAGCGGUGUGUGCACAGCUUUCUUUUGGUUGGCAGAGAUUCAGGAUCACGGAGUACUGUACUCCUAAUUGAAUCCGUGUUUGUUGCUGGCAGACAACCCUAAAAGAGGCUUUUACCUCUGAGACGUCUCCCAGCCCUGGGCUUAAACAGUGAGUGGAGCACAGUGCUAUGGUCUGUUUAGGGACAAAGAACCUACAAAGUCCAGAGACCGGCAAACUAGGUCAACCCCCAGGAACAGCGGGGGCCACACGGCAGCCGGCCCCAUGGCAGGUCUCUCCCCAUCUGCAGUGCCUGUGAUCUGAGACUGGACUUUGAUGGCUAAAUGAGCAAUGGCCUGCCCCAGGACCAGCCGUGGCCCUUGUGCCCACUGCCCUGGCACCACCUCAUACGCACUAUGAGGUGAGAAAGCAGCUCUUUGUCACAGGCACGCCCAGGCAUAGCAAGUCCACAGCCCCAGAAGCAGCUCAGGGGUGAUGGAGCCCACCUCUUGGUCCCUGCUGAUGUCAUCCAACUUUGGAAUUAUGACUUGGCCUCCUCCCAACUCACUGCUGCUUUAUUCUGCUAAGGCAGGAAUCUCUCCUAAUUCUGCUAGAAACAGAGAUUACACCUCUUAGGAAUUUUACUUCGGUAGCCCGUGAUGUAGGAUGACCUACAUAUGUCCUGCUUAGACACUGAGCAAGAAUUUCAAAGUGUUCCAGCUUUACUAAUCCUAAGAAACUUGGUUAAAUAUGUUAGUUUCAUAGGAAGAAAAAUGAUCAAAUUCUUAAUCCAGGAAAACACUGACUCAGAAUCUUGGACUCUGGAACUCUGAUAUUUUCUUUAUAAACGACAAAAACAAAUGGUAUCUAAGGUUCUCUCCCUGUCCCUCCAACCUCCCUCAAAAAAGAAAAAAAAAAUUAAAAAGCGUUAUUAGGUUGCACUGUAUAAUUUUAUUUAAAGACUGCCCUCCACGCUUUUUCCCCUGGAAGGCAUUCUCAGACCUUUAUAUCUUUAUGCCUCUUAGCAACUGAUCUUUUUGUUACGUUUCUUAAAAUCCUAGUAGAAAAAUAGGGCAUCGUUGGUGGGAAGGGAAUAUGAAUUUAAAGGCAUAAUGGAAAGGUGGCUUGAAGCAGGAACUUUGGCUCCACGAUGUCACGGGGUUACUGGACCCCGGUGUGCUGUGUAAAGCUGGGUGAGGCAAUUGGCUUUCAAACUAUAAAUGUCCCUGCAAUAAACCUUUUGGAAUUUCAUGAAUGAGGUCUGUGAAUUGCCUUUUGCCAAUGAACGGAUGUGUUUUUCCAAGGGGAAAAAUGCCCUUGACCGCAGCAGUCACCUUUUUGUAUGUCUCUGGUAAAGGGUCACAAAACGAGGCUUGUGGGUGAACAUAUAGACCUUUGGAACAAACCUUGGGACUCAUGAAGUGAUGCCCUGUUUUUCAGGAGAUUCACAUACCUUAUCUGGGAUUUAAUCUAAUCUUGGAGAAGAGGAAAAAGGAACUAAUAAUAUUUAUGACUUAUGCUUACUCUGUGCCAGAUACUGUGCUAGGCGUUUCUUAAUUGUGUAAUCCUCACAAGAGCCUGUGGAGUGGGUCUCCCAGCCCAUGUUUAAGUAGUGUAUUUUAAGUGUCGGCUGUUAUCUGUCCAAAAACAAUGCCAUAUUGAAAGAAAAACGGAAAGAUGUCAUUCGAGUAUUUUCACAUGUUUUUAUUAUAAUUGUGCCCCUUGAAACACUGUGAAAACAACCUUUGGGGGCAUCCGCCUUCCAGAUUCUCUGGCUGCUCACCAGCUUGGUUUCCUCAUGGGGAGUGUUCUACUUGGCCUUCCUGCAUCUGCACACAGACCGAGAGAGGCCCCUGGCUAACAGAACUUGGGUGCUCAGGGGAAAAGCCUUCCAGAAUUUAGGCACAUGGUUCUUCUCCCCAGAUACUGGAAUAGGAACCUUUCAGUAUCUGGGAUAGGAACCUACCAGAUGCAUCUAGAACAGGCUACUCACUGAGUGCUGUGCUUCCUUCCCUGGGUUCCCAAGACUUUCUCUUUUCAUCGCAGGCUGCAUUUUCUUAAGGCUAAAAGCCUCAGCCUUGCCCCUGAGGGACAGCAGUGGAGGAAAGGCGAUGGGGGCCAGUCACCUGUAUUGAAAUCCUUUCUCAUGGACAAGGGUGAGAUGUUUCUUUUUGAUGGUUGGACUAGAGCCAUAUUUUCCAGGCAGUUCAAGCACCAAAACCAGACGUCAGUCUCUUUCACAAUCUUAAAUGCUUUUGGCUAGGCGUGUAGUGACCAGAGUCCCUUUCCUUGCUUCUUAAGACAUGACAGGUAGAAAAGAUGACUCCUAUCCUAGUCAUCAAAGGUGCUACCUCGGGAGGACCUGGGCCCACCCUCAUUUACUCAGCCUGAAAGAAUCAAAAGAAUUUCCUUGAGUGAGGGGGCAUCAUGUCCAGUUUUCCUGUGAAUCUGUUCCCGAAACCCUGUUUAUUUCUAAGCUGGCAGCUGCCAGAUUCUUUAAAGAUGAUGUGGAAAAUGGCUCUUAUCGCUUGGAAGCCAAAGAAAUUACUUUCAUUCAGGAAGAUUUCCCACCCCCCCUAAGCUGAAAGCCCUAUUCUGAUAAUGUCUCCCCUUUCCACCAUUAGUUCACUCUUCUUCCCUUCCCAGGGGUUAUUUUUAGACCAAGGCUUUGAACUUGAUUAAGAGAGUUAAAAGAAUAUCAUAAACUCAUCCAGAACUGCCUCAGGUUCCCUGGGGUUGAAAACAGCUUUAGAAAACCUUAGGAGGCCACCUCGCCCAGAGCCAGGAGGAAGAGAAGAGCCCCUGGUUUCCUGGCAUUUCAGCUCAGACCUUCAGGGACUGUGCUUUCUUGACAGGCAAGAGAGCAAGGGAAGUUUUAGAAAGAUUUCAAGCCAGUCUUUCCAUUCCAAGCAAGAUGCAAAUCCAUAAAAAUCACUGCAGUUUCCUGGAAAGAGUCCGGCCGCUGCCCUUUUUUAGGACAUUUAAUUUGAAUCCAUUUUCUUAAUACAGACAAAGAUACAGAAAACACAGAUACUUUGUUAUUGACUGCCUUCAAGAAAGCGGGCUAGUGCUGUAUCUCAGUGGUAGGGUGCUUGCCUAGCAUGCCUGGGGCCCUGGGUUCCAUCCUCGGUACGGAAAAGACCUGUUUUGCCUUUCUGUAAUCUUUAAGUUUAGAUCUAGGAAGGUAUCAGUAUAACCAUAAUACCAAAGCAGGGGAAACUAGUGAUCACUCCUACGAGUUGGAGUUAGACCCAAACGGGAGCAUCAGCGUCUGCUGGCUGUCUUGCCUUGUGUCCCGGUGGUACAGAUGUGCACAUCUGUUUGACUCCUCUGGGCUUCCAGCUGGGUAUUAUGGCUUCCUGCCUUUUCCAGUCCAUGGUGCAUAAAGGACACAUCCCAGGCAUGAGGGCCAGGUCCUGCCACAUACAAUUAUAGUGUUGUUCAUGCACUCUCCCAGUCAUCUGUGUGGCCUUGAGCCAGGCAGCAGCAGCGGCCCAACCAGGACACUGACACCAGAGGUGAAGCCAAGGUCCCUUCAUCUAGGUUGUCCCGGACGUAGCGUCUUCAGCAUUGCCCUCGCCAGUCUUGAGGGCUUGUUCAUUCAACAUAUUAUUUGUGGACACAUCGUACAUUCCAGGCAGUAGGCAAUUGCCAGCAAUAUACGGUUGAACCAAAUACAGCGGCCACUCUCAAGGAGCCUGCCUUAGGGUGGAGACAGCCUGGAAGGGCCACCGUAGGCAGAAGUACCAGGUGCUAUGGGAGCAUGUCACGGUGCUUGGAGACUUCCUGAAAGCAGUGACAUCACAUCAUCAGGGAGAUUGUUAUAAAGGAUCUUUCCAGACUGAGAGGACAGCCCGGGGCUCAGCAUGGACACUGAGGACCGAUCAGGGCCUGCCUGCAGUAAAGGGACUGGAGUCAGAGCCGAAGAGGGAGGACAGAAGAACACGGAGUGAGCACACAGCAGUGGGCAGGGGCGGCCACUGGGGACUCCAGGGUUUUGUUGUGACUUUGGGGAGCAUACGGAAGAGCUUUAGGUGCUGUGCUGCCCUCCACAGCCCAUGGCAUGGGUGCCCCAAGAGCUGGGUGCAGUCUCUCUCGGGCCCAGGAUCACCUUCCUCUGGAAGGGCACACUUGCUGACUGAGAUGAUUUGUUCCAACAGAUCUGUUCCCACCCACCCCAACUCUUCUUCCUGUCUUCAAAAGCUCUUUGGAGUUCAAGGGCUUCAAUUUGGGCUGGAUCUGGUUUUGGAGACACAGGAGAUAGCUCUGGGUCAUCCUGACCUGACUUUAGAAACAUGAUGGCUAAAAAUAUCUCUGGGGACCAAGCUGGCCUAGACCCAGAGACAAGGGUGCAUCCAAAAAUAAAUACACAGGAGCGGCAGAGGGCUUCCCUGUUUAGUGUGUGAUUCUAACCAAAGGCAGCUGCCCUCGGACGGCCGUGCCCUGGAUGAGGCCACAUGCACCUGGUGGCCAAGCCUCUCCUGGGUAUUGAGAGCACACCUGAGUCCUGCCAAAGAAAAGUGAUAUUUAACAAACAAACAAAAGCACAGAUGAAUUUUAUGCCAAUGGAAAAUACCCACAAGCGUGGACAGUUGCCAAGAAGCUCUGGGGGACCGUCAGUCAGGGAAGGCUCAGAGACUGACCAGUGGCAGUGCCUUGGGUGUUCCAAAGAACCUAUGCAGAGUACAGAGCAUUGGGGUCUUCUUUCUUUGUCUUUUGUUCUUAGCCUCCAAAAGAAAAAAAAAAUAGAAAACUUUUAAGCAGAAGGAACAGAAGUAGAUGCAUCUAAAUACUAGCUGUAAAUCAGAGCCUGAGAAAAGGCUCAAACGGGAGACAGUUCCCUGGAGGACUUGGAGGAAUUUGGGGCUGAAGGCAGUCUUCCAAGCUGAGUGACUCUGCUCCUCUGCUUGGGAUCCUGGGUGGCUCAUGCUGCUCCUUGGGGCUGACCUCUAGGUUGACAAGAUGCCCACACCUGCCCUCCCCUUGGGAGCAGCCUGACAUACCCAGCAGCAACACAGCCUCUGGUCCCGUGGAAAGCCUUUUACUCAAACACUGACUUUUUCCUAAUAGUCCCGUGGUUGUUGACUGGAAGGCUUCUGAUUCUGUCUCGGGCUUCUGAGGCACAAGCCCGGGUCUAGGAGUGUAGAUUAGCACGUGGCCUGUGGCACGCCUGGUGCUGGAAAGCAGCAGCACAUUAAGGCACUCUCUGCACAUUUUAUGCCCUGGUCCAUCCCCACACCUCUGUCAUCUCAUGGCCAGGAAAGGACCAUCUUGCCCCAUGUCUGUUAUCAGAUGACUGCAUCUUUGCAGUUCCCACAAGGAUUUGGGUUUUAUUUAGGAACCGGGUCUUAUAUUUGAGGAAAAACUAGGACUGAGGGAGGCAUCGGCUCUCAGUCAGGUCUGGUGGAUGUCUUGGAGCUUGGCUCUCUCAGUACCUGCAGAGGUGUGCUCAGGUGAGCCCAGGCGCCCAGGAGGGCAGCCUCCUCACCCCUCUGCCUGGACCCCCAUCCGUUUCGAUCACGCUUGGGUAUCAGCAAGAACUUCGUGAGAUGUACCCUCCUGUAUGCAUAUUGAUUUACUUAAGUACAUACCCACUUACUUUUAUAGUGAUGAUUACAUUGCACAAAGCACAUAGCAUAGAAAUUUUGAAUGAAUAAGAAACAAAACAUCAUAUAAACAGAGGUUCUAGUAUUUUCUCACAGGCUCCUGAGGGUGACCUCUGUUACCUCCUGGUAUGUACACACCCACUUUGAACACCACUGCUUUAGUACAAAUUUGCACACCUUGGUGGCAUUCCAAACCACUGUGUGGCACUUGGUGCAGAACAAGAAAGUGGCACGGCAGGCGCUUCAAAUCUGGGAGCAAACAACAGAAAUUUAAGUAAUUCAGACAGAACUGUCCCUAGACAGUUGCAGCUAUGGGUGCUAAUAGCAGGUACCCUGUACAGAGCCCCGAGGUUAUUCAUCUUCCCUCUCUGGGUCUCCAGAAAAGGACACUGGCAAUAUCCCACACUCUCCGGAUUGGAAUUCUUGACCCUUCAAAGUGCUUCAGCUGAACUCUGCAUGGCACCCGUGUGGACCCGUGUGGCUUGAAUAUUAUUUUUGAUUUGACCAUCAAGAUGUCAUGAUUCCGUUCCAUUUUGAAAAGGGACUGAGAAAGUGUACAGGUCUAAUUAUAUAUACAUAUUUAUACAUGUGUAUUUUUGUUUAUUGUUACAUUUUGACAUUGAACUUUCUAUUAAAUAAUUUUUAACAGUU